GUUACGACUGGUUGCGUCAUUCUGAAGUAUCUAGAACACUUUACGACAGUGUUGACAUCUCCGCUGGUGACACACUUUAGUUAUGAAGCAGAUCUGUGUUUAAAUGAGUGUGUUUGACUUGUUCCGCGGGUUCUUCGGGGUACCCGGAGGCCAUUAUCAUGGCCGAAGGGACCCCUUCUUCGAUGCCAUGACUCAUGAUGAAGACGACGACGACGACGACGAUGACGAAGAUGGGACCUAUUAUGACGGCUUCCGGGGGGACCCGCAGGACCCGUUUGACAGUGCCUGGAGGUUCGGCUUUAGCGUGGGCCCCAACGGGAUGAAGAUCCAGGAGCCUCAAGCGUUUGGCCACGUCCUCAGAGAGAUGGAGGAGAUAUUCUCUCAGUUCGGCCGUUGGGAAGGACAUCCAGAGACUGGACACAUGGGUGUUCCUAACAACAUGCUGCCACCGUCUCAAGACAGAGCAGAGAAGGGUGAGGGAGGAUCCAGCGGGAACCCCCUGAGGGACUUCAUGCUCAAAUCCCCUGACAGUGACUCUCGACGACCCCAAGCAGGACCGUACAGAGAGCCCCGAAAUGAUGAGCAUCCUUCUCAUGAGUCACCAGGGUUUCCCAGCUCGCCAUUUCAUGGCUGGACCCCUUUUUCAAAGUUUAAUGAUAUUUGGAGGAAGGGGCCACAGGAAGCUCCAGAGGAGUACAAAGAAGACAGAGAUCUGGACUCUGCAGUGUCUUCUGGAGGCCUGGAUCAGAUUCUGACACCACCUGCUGGUCAGGCACCAAACCAACCCAGGACCCGAUCCUUCUUCCAGUCAGUCACCGUCACCAAGGUGGUGAAACCUGACGGGACUGUAGAGGAGAGGCGAACCGUUAGAGACAGCCAAGGCAAAGAAGAGACCACAGUGACCCGUUCAGGAGGUCCUGGCACCCCGGAGGGACCAGAAACUGGACCUGUCACACCUGGUGGUCAUCAUCCGUUUUCAGACAUGCGGGACGAUGAGUCGUUAUUCUCCAGGUUCUUCAGGGGGUUUAAAUAAGAUGUAAAGUGAUGUUUAAUGUCUGGACUGGUUAACUGUGGCUUUUGUUCAGUUAAGUCAUAUUUGUAAGAUAGACAAAAAUACAGACAGGACACUCGCAUGAGUUACAGUUGCCAAAAUGAAUGUGUUGGAUUAGGGUCUCUGCGAUGAUGAAGGUGACACUGGGAUUUCUAACUGACCAAACACCUGUAGAAGCUGCCAGUCCUGAAGACUAGUGACUUUGACUUUUUUUUUUUCUUUUUUUUUUAAUCACAUCAGGCACUAAUCAGCUGUAUAUUUUAUUUUUUGAAUUGUCCUUUAGGAUACGUACAGAUGUGAGUGUAUGAUAUGUCAAUAAAAGAGUAUUAAUAUAUUUA